AUGAAGCCGGUUUGUUUGGUUAUCGGUGCGGGCGCGGGGAUUGGUGGCACCGUGGCGAAGCGCUUCGCCAAAGGUGGCUAUCAUGUGGUCCUCUCGCGCAGAUCGGAUCAGGAGGGGCUGGAUCGCAUGGUGCGGGAUAUUGAGGCUGAGGGUGGCUCGGCUGUUGGACGUCUCAUCAACGCAGUGGAACCUGGUGCCAUCGAGGGACUUGUCAAGGAGACAGAGGAGAAAUCCGGGCCUAUCGCAGUGGUUGUCUUUAACCUCGGAGCGCAAAUUGGAACGCGAUCCCUCGCUGGAACGUCUCUAAAGCAGUUCGAACUUGGCUGGCGAAUGGCUUGCCUAGGCCUUUUCCGCGUAGCGCAAGCUGCUAUGCCAGCCAUGGUGCAGAAUGGGAAGGGCUGCUUCCUGGUAACUUCUUCGACAGCUGCCAUGCGCGGAAAUGAAGGACAACAUUCACAUGCUGCCGCCAUGGGUGGUCGACGGAUGUUGUGCCAGAGCUUGAAUGCGGAGUUCGGACCGAAGGGAAUCCACGUGGCGCAUAUCAUCGUGGAUGGUCCGGUAGAUGCGCCCGACACGCUGGGGAAGAUGAUGGGAGCUGAGCGUUUUGAAGAGCUGCGCAGCACGGCCGGUGCUCAC